ACUGUCCGCCUGGAUCGGACUGGAUAUCUUCCCCUCAUAUCCUAUCUUUGUUGCGUUGCUGCAGACUGCCUGCCCAUAUACUGCUUCGAGGCUGCGAUAAACACAUCUUAUAUCUACUCCACAUGGCCAGCGGAAUCGGUGUGCGGUAACCUUAUCACCUCCGCGACACUGGCAAACAUGGAAAUAGUCCAGAAAGAACAUGACCGGCUUAUGAAAAGGGUCAAGGCAUCCCAAGGCAUAAAAAAUGUGCAGUCGACAAUCGACCUCUUACAAUCUGCGCGAGAUGCCAUAGCUGCUGAUCCAGACUCGGCGCCGGUAACCAUGGCGAAGCUUCAGACGCCCGUCAAAUCGUCUUUCGACUCAAUCAACGACAGCUUGAAGGAAACCCAUAGUGGCCUGAACAAAUACACCAAGUCACUGGAUAAGCUGUUCAAAGACCGUCCUCUUCCAAGCACCGAUCACGACGCCCUCUCUUCACAAGAGAACCUGAUCAACCGAGCGAUUGCAAUGCACCUCCUCCGUGAGGGUCAAUUCGGCGUCGCGGCAACCUUCCUCUCCGAGAUCGCAGACCACAAGACGGAUAGUCCACAGCAGAAAGGCGAAAGUGCCAGCGCCAGUGCCACCGCAAAUUUACUCGACAUCGACGAAGUCCCCUCGACCGAGAUCAGGAAACAGUUCGCCUCCAUGUACUACAUCCUCCAGCAACUACAAGAACACAAGAACCUUCUACCAGCAAUCGAAUGGUCAAGGGAGCACCGCCAGUCUCUGGAAGCACGAGGCAGUAACCUGGAAUUUGAACUCUGCCGGCUACAGUAUGUCUGGCUAUACCACGGAGGAUCGAGUGGCCAAGGCGGACCAGCAGGCUGGCAGGCAGCCCUAGCAUACGCCCGUCGUGAGUUCUACGUAUUUGUUCCUCGGUACUUGCGAGAAGUGCAACAGCUAGUCGGUGCCAUGGCCUACUCUCCCAACCUCGAAGCAUCACCUUAUGCAUCCCUCUUCAACACUUCAUCCGCAUGGGACGACGUGGCUCACUUCUUCACUCGCGAGUUCUGUUCUCUUCUCGGCUUGUCCGCAGACUCGCCACUUUACAUCGCUGCAACUGCCGGCGCAAUCGCCUUGCCAACGCUGCUGAAAUUGCAGACCAUCAUGCGAGCAAAGCGCACGGAGUGGACAUCCGAGAACGAGCUUCCGGUCGAAAUUUCACUCCCUCCAUCAUACCUCUUCCAUUCAAUCUUCGUCUGCCCAGUAUCCAAGGAACAAGCAACAGACGAGAACCCGCCCAUGAUGAUGCCUUGCGGACAUGUCAUUGCAGAGGAAUCACUCAAGCGUCUUGGGAAGAGCAACCGGUUCAAGUGCCCAUACUGUCCAAGUGAGAGCCACCCCAAGGAUGCACGCAAAGUGUUCCUGUGA